CAGGCUUCCUUUAACACUUAAUUUGACUCAUCUUAAGAGGAAAUCUACAGAUGGCUUAAAGUCGUCAGUUGUGAAUUUAGAGGUGUCUUCGCCUGGUGAUUACUAUAGUGUGAUCAUAUGACUUUGAAAGAGUGAAACUAACACUCAUCUAAAGUUGGUUGUUUAACUUUCUCACGGUCUACUCUUCCAACAUGGACUUUGUUUUGGUUUUUCCACUGAUACUUGCCUUGCUUUUCACCGGACAGUGUUACACUGAAGUUACAGGACAAGAGGAGGGUUCAUGUUAUGAUAGUUGCCGACCUGGGUAUUAUAAAGUCGGCGACUGUGCUCCUCCAGCUACAAAGGUCAAAUGUGAAAAAUGUGGUGAUGGCACAUACACAGCUGUAAACAACACAAGGUCACAUUGCCUGAGGUGUGAAGGAUGUAAGCAUUUUGAGGAGAUCAAAAAGAACUGCACCUUUAAUAGUAACGUGGAAUGUCGCUGUAAAGAGGGAUACUACGACUCCUCACCAAAGUCUGGCCAGACUGGAAUUAAUUGCAAGAAAUGCCCCUGUGAACCUUGUAAAGAGCCUUCCGACAACAAAAGGAACUGCCAGCCCUGCCAAAGUUGUUUGGACCCAGAAUGCAAGAUGAAAUGUACAACAAGUGCAUUUCCAAAUUCGACAGAUCUAUCUACAUCUGCAACCACAUCUGCAUCUCCAGCUGCAACUACAACCACAGCUUCAAACAACACAUCGAACCCUAUUACGAAACCAGUUCCACCUAACUUGAACGAAAUGCCCAUGCUGUUUCUGGUGGCACUUCUGGUGACAUUUCCGGUGUUCCUUUUGCUCCUACUGCUCUUCGCCAGGAAUCCAUUCAGAUACCCAAAUUGUCUUUGCUGGAGUGCAAAAAAAGAUCUGAAGCUGCCUGUUGAGCAGCCCAAAUUCAAUGAACAAAGCAGUCAUCAAGGCAGCAGCCCCAACUCGCUGACAAUUAACAUAUCUGAGGAAACACCCAUGAUGACUUGUAGUCAGAGUCCAGCCACGCCACAACAUCCAGCCCACAUCGCUUCUCUACUAUCAGACCACAAAGCUGUCCGACAAGAUGAGCAAUCAGAGCACUGGCCGGCUGUCAUCCUCUACGCGAUUAUCAAGGAGGUGCCCUUGCGUAGGUGGAAGGAGUUCUUGCGUCUGCUCUCGGUUGCUGAUCAGCAGCUGGAGCGAGUGGAGCUGGAGUCUGGUUUGGGUCUGGGCUCCAUUGAGAUGCAGUACCAGAUGCUGAGGCUGUGGAGCCAGCGCUCCUCUGCGAGCAUGAAUGACAUCUUCUCGGCCUUGCACUACAUGGAUUUAUCUGGCUGUGCCCAGCUGCUGCAGGAAAGCAUGGAAAAGUUGCAGUGGAGGCCUGAACUGAAGCAGGGUUUCACAGCCUGCAGAAGUUACACCGAUCAUGGCUUCAAUGGAGCAAUGCAGGAUACCUGAGGCACCUGUGGACACACGCACCACACUAUCAUACAAUGAGAGACAUCAGUGCUUCAAACAUGGAGGCCAGUUCCUAGAAGGGAUGUUACUUGCAGAAAUCUGCAUUCAUGUCAUAAAUGGCUCAUACCGAGUAAUGCAGAUGUAUAUUAUAGCUUAAAAGUUAAAUUACAUUGUAGAACACUGUGGAGAUCCUGAUAGGCGCAACUGCAAUUGAGGUAUAGCACUCCAGAUAAGUGUACAGUAUAAUGUCUCCUUUCUUGAGUCUUUAUCAGGUUGAGCUUUGGGUUGAUUUUACCUCCAAAUUUACACUUAAAAUGCAGAAUGUAACAAAGCUGCAGAACUGGAGAAGUGGCUUCUUCAAAUGCAUGCAACAACAACAACAGUAGCAUUUUUAAGAAGGGCAUCAUGGCUGGUUAACACUCAGAUAGAACUCUAGUAAUUUAGCUGGAGAUUUUUUUUUAAGGGAAAUACCCUUAUAUUACCUUUACUGUCAAAACACACCACUUAACCUCCAGCUUCUCAUGUGCCGUCUCUCAAAAGGCCAACAGUUGAGGGCUGUGGUUUUACAACAGAAUGGUGAAAUGUAAAUGUUUCUAACUCUUUGAUUGUGUGCAUAAGCAGAAAGAGGUGAAAAAGGAAGAACAAGUAAACUUCCUUGUUUUCAUUCUAAAGAAGAUGAUUUUAGUCAUUCCUCCAGAAAUCUGUGCUUAGUUUUUAACAUUUACCCAGUCAUAGUAAAGACUGUUCUUCAGUUUGAGUAUUUAAACUGUGUGAACAUUUUAGUGUACAUCUAUGAUGUUUGAGUCUGACAUCGCCUUCAUCUCUUUUGAGAAUGAAAGUCUGGUGUAACAACUCAGCCACUCACUCUUGUAGCACACCCUCGUAAGGGAGGAAUACUGAAAUCCCCACAGAACGUCAUAAUUUCAGUUUCUUGCAAAUAAAUGGUGUCAAGGUGCAGUUGGCUGGGUUUUUCCUCACCACACAUAUUCCAUCCAAACUGAUGGUUUCCUGUUGUGGCGUUAGGGUAUCUCACUUUGAGAGUUUUUAUGUGUCAAUUCAGUUACUGACAGUAACAGACUUGGACUUUCCAGUAAAUGGAGUUUAUUAUUUAAUGUUUUAAUAGGAAUCUAGGUAUGUGGUUUGUGGCUUUGGACCUUGAGACAUAUGUGUGUAUAUUUAAUAAUUAUUAUUUUUAAUUUUAUUACAUGUUACAUAUUUUAAUACAAAUCUAAGGGUUAGGAAUUGUAUCCUCACUGGGGUAACCUGUGGUACAAAUGUGUGUUAACAUGGUACUGUAAGAACCUUAGUCAAAGUGUCAUUGUACAGUGUGUCAUAAAUAAAAUCCCUGGCCACAA